AUGGACUUGUCGUCAGAGCAGACUCUUCAAGUUGAAGAAUUCGUCUCCAUCACAGGUAUUGAUGUGCUGCAGCCGGGAAAUUCUGCCAAGGCAGCUGCCCUUCUCGCCCACCACAACUUCAAUCUAAACAAUGCCGUGUUAGCCUUCUUUGAAUCGGGUCUUGAAUUGCCAGAGCCAGAAAUCAUUCCUGAACCUUCACCUUUUGACGACUUUGCAGCGACCUCUGGCGCAGAACGCUUUGAAAGCUCGGUCAUCCACCGUAACUUGCAGGAUGAGUUUGCCAUGGAUCAUUUUAUGCCCAAACUACCCAAGGCUCCUCGCCUCUCUAACAAAUGGCAAUUUGACUUAGGAAUCCAUAUGUCGAGACGUACUGCGGCACUUCUGGAGAAGCAAUCGUUGCCAAACUCUUCUUCCGAACCUCCUAGACGCCCCUCUUUGCUCUGGAUCAUCCUUCUUAUCAUUCCUCGUGCAUUUUCGUUGUUACUCUCGUUAUUGCGGUUCCUAACGGGAUUCGGUUCGUCGUCAGCUUUCAGGCCAGCUAUUCGAGGCUUCAAUUACGACACAUAUGAAGAAGGUUACGAUUUUGCUUCCGACUUGAAGCUGCUCGAGGUGGCGCCCGACUUUAGCAUUUCCACCUCGGACUUCAAUAAAUGCCACGAGCUCAGCCAGAAGGAGUACGACUUCCUUUUGGUGGUGUUAGUGGACAAUUCCAGUACUUCAUUUGUGGAUUAUAUGGUUCUGCUGAACAAAUUCCGCGAUCACUUUGAUGCCUCCACCGGAACAUACAAGGACACUCAGAUUUACAUGAGCAACAUCGAGAAGAGUCCGGAGGCGUUUGAGGUGGCCAAAACAUACAAGGCUAGACGGUUCCCAUAUGUUUGCUUAUUGGCAAAUGUUUCAAAUAGUCCGUCAGUCAUGUCAUCCAUGUCCGUUGUUUACAAGGCCAAUCUCAACAUUGAAGGCGAGGAUGAUACCAAACAGGUCGUGGAUCGUAUGUUCAGACAUCUCAGCAAGUGCCUUACGAACUAUAAUCCACAACUUGUCACCAAAAAGUACGAUAAGCAGGAGAUUGAAUUAAGCAGGUUGAUUAAAGAAAAGCAAGAUGAAGCAUACUUGGAAUCUCUCCUGCAAGACAAGGUGAAAAAGCAGGAGAAGGAGCGCAAAUUGCAAGAGGAGCUUUCCAGCAAAAAUCUCCAGCUUCUCAAGAACGGAUAUCUUGCGCAUCUUGCAAAUUCACAGUGGUUUCAGAAACGCGUAGAGGACAUUGCCCCUGCAAAUCUGGUACGUGUUUCCAUCAAGUUGCCAAAUGGAAAGCGAGUAAUUCAGAAAUUUGACAAGACUGCACCAUUGAAGGAGGUCCACUUGUUUGUGGAGCUUCAGUUGUUUGAGCAGCCAGAAGAGGUGGAGGAGGUGAACAUGGAGCCACACGAGUACUACGAGAAGUUUGGAUUCAGGUUUGAAUUAUUCAAGCCUUUACCUAAGGUUACGCUUCCAUCGUCGAUGCAAACCAUUGAGGAGUUUGGAGAAUUGAGAUCUGGAGAUAACAUUUUGGUAGAGUACUUGGAUGAAGAAUAA